CGGCCACCCCCGAGCCACGCGAGGCUGCCUCCCUCCCACACACGCCUCGGAUCCUUAGCACGAUCCGCCGGAUUAAGUUUGUGCACGUACGUUCUCCCCGGAACACUAGCUAGCACCGGUCACAGCACCAACCGUACCGCCAUGGCCUCCCUCACCGCCGUCUCCGUGCAGCCGGUCGCCGUAAAGGGCCUCGCCGGCAGCUCCAUCUCCGGCAGGAGGCUCGCCGCCGCUAGGCCGUCGCGCGCCGGCGCCUGCCGCUCCGCCCGCAGGCCCCGCGGCGCCGCCGUGGUGGCCAAGUACGGCGACAAGAGCGUCUACUUCGACCUCGACGACAUCGGCAACACCACCGGGCAGUGGGACCUCUACGGCUCCGACGCGCCCUCGCCCUACAACCCGCUCCAGAGCAAGUUCUUCGAGACGUUCGCGGGGCCGUUCACCAAGAGGGGCCUGCUGCUCAAGUUCCUGCUGCUGGGCGGCGGGUCGCUGCUGGCCUACGUCAGCGCGUCGGCGUCGCCGGACCUGCUGCCGAUCAAGAUGGGGCCGCAGCAGCCGCCGCAGCCGGGGCCGCGUGGCAAGAUCUAAGCUCAGUUGUUCCUUCUCCUCCAUCUGUCUCUACUAGCUGCUUGCUUGUACCACCACUGGCUCCGGACGCCAUGGAUCGUCGUCCCUGCUGCCUGUUGUGCUGCUGAUAUUUGAUCGCGCUGCCUGUUUAUCGAUGUUGAUACUGUUGUAUUUAUACUCUGGCAUACGAUUACAAAUUUACAAUGGUGUUGCGUACGUGCUUA